CGCCUCCUUUUCCGGUUGUAGAGCCGGUCUCUAGAGCCGGUGUGUUUCGGCUCAGUCUCUCUGCGGACCCCGGAACUUCAACAUGUCGGACCCCUGCUCCUUCUCGUCGCUCUCCAGGUGUCUCACCAAACACCUGAACCUGCUCCUGCACGCGGACUUCGACAGGCACGUGAUCCGGGGCAAGGUGGAGCUCACCGUGGAGGCGCUGGAGGACUGCUUCUCGGUUCUGACUUUGGACACCAGGGACCUGAACGUCCUCUCUGUCUCAGCCAACCAGCAGCCGGCCUCCUUCGCUCUGGGCACCAAGCACAGCUUCAAGGGGACGCCGCUGGACAUCACGCUGCCCUUUGAACUGUCCAGAGGGCAGCAUGUCAUCGUGGAGGUGACCUAUGAGACGUCUCCGUCGGCCUCGGCUCUGCAGUGGCUCACACCUGAGCAGACCGCCGGGAAGAAACAACCGUACCUGUUCAGCCAAUGUCAGGUGUCUGUCCCUAAGGACCUGGUGGCGGUGAUGAGUGCUGUGAGAGACGGACAGAUGGUGGACCCUCAGGACAGCAGCAGGAUCAUCUACAGGUUCAGACAGACGGUGCCCAUGCCGUCCUACCUGAUAGCUGUUGUGGUUGGAGCCUUGGAGAGCAGACAGAUCGGCCCGAGGUCCAGAGUCUGGUCUGAGAAGGAGUUAGUGGACAAAGCAGCGUUCGAGUUCUCUGAGACUGAGACCAUGCUGAAGACCGCCGAGGACUUGGCGGGACCGUACGUGUGGGGUCAGUACGACAUCCUGGUUCUGCCUCCGUCCUUCCCCUACGGAGGGAUGGAGAACCCCUGCCUCACCUUUGCCACGCCCACUCUGCUGGCUGGAGACAAGUCCCUGUCCAACGUGAUCGCUCAUGAGAUCUCCCACAGCUGGACCGGGAACCUGGUGACCAACAAGACCUGGGAGCACUUCUGGCUGAACGAGGGCCACACGGUGUACCUGGAGAGGAUGAUUGGCAGGUCCAUGCACGGGGAGCCCUUCAGACAGUUUAAAGCCAUGGGGGGCUGGAAGGAACUGCAGGACUCGGUGAACACCUUUGGGGCCAACAACCCUCUGACUAACCUGGUCCCCAGUCUGCAGGACGUGGACCCCGACGACGCCUUCUCCUCGGUCCCGUAUGAGAAGGGCUUCGCUCGGAGGUGUAUCAUUUUGAUAAAUAUCGGGAUGAAUCAGUCCGUGUGUUCGUGGCUCAUCGGGGUGCGAUGCACCCGGUCACCUCUGGACUGGUGGCCAAGGACCUGAAGGUGGACGCCAGCAGCACGGGGGUUCUGUAGGAACCAGAACCAGAACCAGAAGAUCAGAUCAGUAUUAAACCACAGAACCUGACGAGAUGUUUUUCUUCUAAUAAAAACAUUUUCUACAGAA